GCCCCUGGACCUGUGACAGGAGUUGGAGCAGCCCUGGGUUCAGAGAAAGGAGUCGGACCACGCCCAGGGCCUGUCACAGGAAUUGGAUCAGAUUCAGAGAUGUUUUCUUCCUUUUAAGGGUUCUGAGUUGCCUCGAAUAAGACUUGACAGGCACACGCCCAUCCCCAGCACUGUACAAAGUUGUAAAUCCCUAGCACUUCCAGGAUCGGCCAUAGCUUUUGAAAACAUCGUAUUGGAUUUUUAGGAUUCCACACUCAUACUGGGAUGAAUUUGAAACCCAUUGGAGGUGACAGUUGGGAUAGAUACCUGCCCAUAUCCUCUCCCAUUUGUACACCUUGCCAUUUGUAACCAUCCUGCCUUGCAGCAUAUCUCUAGGCUGUAUUUUUUAAUUGCUCUUUAACUAUAGAUAAAACUGGAAGCAUGUGCAGGAGGCGCAGCAAUAGUUUCAUGCUAGUUUGUACAUCCCAACUGUAUUCUCUGUUCUCGAUUGGUGUAAAAUGAGCACACACUGAAUACAAAUUGGAAAUACUAUAAAAAAAAGAUUAAUCCAGCCCUCACAGUCUCAGAGAAUGGCUUGGGUUGGAAGGGACCUCAAGGAUCAUCAAGCUCCAACCUCUCAGCAAUACUAAACAACAGGUAAGGAAUUCAGAAAUACAACCUUGAAAGCAAAGAAAACCUCAUCAAGAAUGAUGAGUCAGAAUCCAUACAUGUUUUCGCAUUUGCUUCUUCACACUAGUCUCUCUCAAAAUCUGUGCCACACCAACAGGAGCAGAAAUCAGGAACAUGGGACAGGAGGUCUCAGGGAGGAUCCCAUGCAGGAUUGUGAACCCAUAGACUGGAUUGGCUGCACUUUCUUUGGACCCCAGCUGACUCCAGGAGGGAAUGGAAAGUCCUCAAUUCACAUGCAAAAGGCAGAAAAAAGGGAACGAUUUCAAUAUGGAGAGGGAUGGAGGGGAGGGAAAGGUGGGAGGAUGGGUUGUACAGAGGUGGGGAGAGGACAGGGAGUUGCAGGAGCACCCAUAUUGCACCCAGGGGGCAUGACUGAUGAUACUUACAAGUCCCUUCCAACUCACACCAUUCAAUGAUCCCAUAUUGUGUGGACACCACAAAAACAGCACAGGGACGUACAACGAGCCCAAGCACAGAGCAAGUAACUCAACAAACCAUGGAAGUUACUGUAAGAAAACAGACCAAAGUGUAUCAAAGACUAUGAGGUCAUCAGCACUGAGGUGAUUAAAAGUUGACUUCUUUUGUGUUUCUUUUUUCUGCCUAAUUACAUGUUAAUAGGCAGGGGAAAUUCAGAACUCUCUGCUAAGAUUUACCAGGCAGAUUAUAAAUAUCACCUGGUCCCCACAGCGCUCAGUCCCUGCCUGGAAACAAGCAGAAGGCGGGUGAGUAUUGAGGGCUGGGGCAGAACUUGACUGGUCUUGAGGCUCACACUCUCCCUGGACAUGCCUUGCCCUCCCUUCUUUCUGCUGCCUGCACCUCUCCCACACAAGUGACCACGGCCCCAGGGAGAUUUCUAGAGGCUCUUGCCAGGUCACCAGCACUGCCCUGUCUGUGCUGUAGGGCUUCUCAAGCAAUCCCUUUUCCCCACCUAUUGGGAAAAUCCCAGGAGCUGAGCCAUGUUUGGGGGCUGAGUGAGCUGCAGUCUUUGCAGGAGAGGAAUGGGCACAGCCAGAGCACUGUGUUGGAGGGGGGUUCUCCAAAUCCAGUGGCACUGCCUCAGGGCUUUGCUCUCAAAUUGGAUGUUGCUCACCCAUGGCAAACACCCAGUGCCUCUGCUUACACGAGCAGGCAGCGUGCUUCAGAACAAAGCUUCUGCAGAGCUGGAGGGUUGCUGGUAAUCACUUUGCAUCCAGUCUGUGCCCACUUCCAGGCUUACUUUGGAUUGCCUUGCAUCUGCAUCUGUAACCAUACGUUUUGCUUGCUCCAAGAGCACUCGGAAAGUGGGACAGACAGGGACACUUGUAAGUGGGAACUGACAGGACACUUGUGGGAAAAGUGCUCUCCUGAACCAGUGCAAGCAGCUGUCCCAGGGCUGGCUCUCUUGCACUUCUAUAACCACCACAUCUCCCUGCAGUCUGUGUUUGCUGCUGACCACAGCAUCUGGAGGGUGUUGGAUGCUUUGCUACAGGAUGAGAGAGCACUCAGGGUAAGCAAGAGACAAGAAGGGCUUCAUGUCUUCUGUGAACUCCACUGGAUCAUCCUACCCCCCCACCUUCCUCCUGGUUGGCAUUCCUGGGCUGGAGAAGGAGCAGUUCUGGAUUGCCUUCCCCUUCUGCAUCAUGUAUGCCAUAGCUGUGCUGGGGAACAUCAUCCUUCUCAUCAUCAUCAAGACAGAGUCAAGCCUGCAUGAGCCCAUGUAUCUCUUCCUGGCCAUGCUGGCCUUCACUGACCUGGUCCUCUCUACCUCUAUGGUGCCCAAAAUGCUCACUGUCUUCUGGCGGGGCUCCAGGGAGAUUGGCUUUGUUUCCUGCCUUGUUCAGUUGUUCUUUGUCCACAACUUCACAACAGUGGAGUCGGGUGUGCUCAUGGCCAUGGCCUUAGAUCGCUAUUUUGCCAUUUGCCAUCCCCUGCGGCACUCCAGCAUCCUCUCCAUGCCGGUGGUGGCAGCUCUCGGGAGCCUGGUGUUGCUGCGUGGAUUCCUCAUGGUGGGUCCUGCCUGCUUCCUUCUCCAUAAGAAGGCCUUCUGCCAGCAUCGUGUCAUCUCCCAUUCCUACUGUGAACACAUGGCCGUGGUGAAGCUGGUAUGCGAGGACACCAGAGUCAAUGCUGCCUAUGGCCUCUCUGUGGCUGUGGCAGUGAUAGGUGUUGACCUUACACUGAUCAUUGUGUCCUACACUAUGAUCCUGCGGGUGGUACUGAAGCUGUCAGCCUCAGACACACAGCUCAAGGCCUUUAACACGUGUGUAUCCCACAUCUGUGUCAUCCUUGCGUUUUAUGUCUCUGGCCUCUUCACAUUCCUCACACACCGCUUUGGACACAGCAUCCCUCAGCACAUCCAUAUAUUGGUGGCUGAUAUCUACCUACUGUUACCCCCCACAUUAAACCCCAUCAUUUACGGGGUCAGAACCAAACAACUGAGGGACAGGAUAGUUGUCCUCUUCCAGCGGAAGGGAAUCUGACCCGUGCCUGUCUGCCAUGCACCGAGCUCGUGAUUUAUAGGGAACCCUGGUCAGUUUACUGAGUUAACACUGUGAUUCCUUGUUCAGGGAGAACUUCUUCCUUAAUGCAUGGAGCACUCAGAGAGCAUUCUUGCAGAGAUCUCUAGAUUUUCCUUUCCACUUCAGCAGUAAGUGUCACGAGCAGAGUGUUCUUGGACUACGUGAAAUUAAAUCCUUUAAGAAAAAUCAGAAUUUCUGUCUGAUGACAUAAAACAUGUUUUACAAAGCCACUGCUGGGUGUGUGGGAAAGGUAGGAGGCUGAAUGCGGUGAAGCUCACAUGGGGACCCAAAUUCAAGUGUUGAACCUGCAACUUUUUACAGACCUCUGCUCUGAGGGCAGUGUGAGCAGUGUUACCAGGUGCAGAAGACAUCUCUGACCUGGCCUGGCACUGCUUGGAGCUCUCUGUCUCCACAGCAGCCCUGACAACGGGGGCUGCCCAUGGGGAGGCUCUGCUCCGUGCUCUGUGUCUGAGCUGGAUACCAGUGGAGAGGCAGGAAAUGGGCCCCAGAAGGAAAGAUACACUCAUGCCGAGGGAAGGUAAUGGAACAAGCAGCAGAGUAGAGGAGAAAUGAAGAUUGUCAGACCCAUUUCUGGAGAAUACUCAAAUUUCAGCUCCCCUCAUUCUUUUCCUCGGGCAGAACAGAAGCAGUGCUUCACAGACCACUGGCAUGAGGCAGGGAAAGACAGGAGCAGAGACACAACUGCAGUUUGUCUGUGCCAUUCUGAUAGCAGUCCUGCCCUAAAGCAGAUGUGCACCGUUAUCCAUGGUCUGAUGCCCACCCAUCGCCUUUCUGGUGUGGCAGGAUCUCCAUUUUUCUGCAGGAUGCACAAAAUCCCUGGUUGUUCUCAUUGUCAAUGAGCACAUGGGAACUGUCCUCCUCUCAGAUCAACGUCCACCACCCUGUAUCCUACAGUGGAAGUGGGAGAGGUCUUGAAAUGACCCCAGGGGACCUUUGUUGAUCAGAUGCCUGACAAGGGGCUGCCUCACUCAUAUCACUCUUUGCUAUGUGCAUAUGUGCCAUCACCAUUCAACAAUAUCAGACAGUACCAAGUGCUUAGUGUCCUACUCUCAGAUUCUCCUCUCUGUAAAUAAAUAGAUCGGACUGUCAAA